AAUCGAUUUGACUAUAGAUUUAGAUCAUAGACCUAAUCUCAUCAAAAGAAAGAACAAAUUAAUGUAUAUAAAGAAAGAACGUCAAAUGUGAAAUAAAAAAAUGUCAGAAUUUUGUGAAUCUCUUGAAGAAUCGUCAUGUACAAGGCGAUUGAAAAUACUCGAAUCGGUUAUAUUGGAACAUGGCAUGUCACAAGUUGUGGCCGACGACAAUAAGGAUAGGGAUAAUGGCGGUGGUAUUAUCAGCGAUGAGGAAAAUUUCCCCCAUGGCAAAGCAAUAUCGGUGGAGACCCUCUUGGAUGCCUUACUGUUGCUCUACGAUGAAUGUUCUAAUUCAUCGCUUAGAAGAGAGAAGACUGUAUCAGAUUUUAUAAAAAUUGCUAAACCCGUGGUUUCUUUGGUUAAGAAGUUACGUUUAUCCCGCGAUGAUUUUGAAAUUAUUAAAAUCAUUGGACGCGGUGCUUUUGGCGAAGUGUGUGUGGUACGCAUGAUAAGUACCCAGAAAAUAUAUGCCAUGAAAAUUCUGAAUAAAUGGGAAAUGUUGAAGCGGGCCGAAACAGCCUGCUUUCGAGAGGAACGUGAUGUCUUGGUCUAUGGUGAUCGCCAGUGGAUAACAAAUUUACACUAUGCCUUUCAAGAUGACACCAAUUUGUAUUUAGUUAUGGAUUAUUAUUGCGGUGGCGAUCUCUUAACCUUGCUAAGCAAAUUCGAAGAUCGCCUACCCGAAGAUAUGGCUAAGUUUUAUAUAGCCGAAAUAAUAUUGGCCAUCCAUAGUAUACAUCAGUUGCGUUAUGUCCAUCGUGACAUAAAACCCGACAACUUGGUCAUUGAUGUCAAUGGCCAUAUACGUUUGGCCGAUUUUGGUUCUUGUCUACGUUUGGGUGCCGAUGGCAAAGUCCAAUCGAAUGUGGCAGUUGGUACACCGGAUUAUAUCUCGCCCGAAAUAUUAAGGGCCAUGGAAGAUGGCCAGGGGCGAUAUGGUGCCGAAUGCGAUUGGUGGUCGCUGGGUGUGUGUAUGUACGAAAUGUUGUAUGGCGAGACACCAUUUUAUGCGGAAAGUCUGGUCGAGACCUAUGGCAAAAUUAUGAAUCAUCAAAAUUGUUUUGAUUUCCCGCCGGAGGAUGGCAUAACAAAGGUAUCAGAUGCAGCCAAAGAUUUAAUACGGCGUUUAAUAUGUGCUCCCGAAUUUCGUUUGGGCCGCAAUGGCAUUGAGGAUUUCAAAGCCCAUCCCUGGUUUGAGGGUUUGGAUUGGGACAAUAUUCGUUUGGGACCGGCACCCUAUGUCCCCGAUGUGGACAGUCCCACAGAUACUUCCAAUUUCGAUGUGGACGACAAUACAAUACGUCACAGUGACUCAGUACCGCCUGCCGCCAAUCCUGCCUUUUCGGGAUUUCAUUUACCCUUUGUUGGUUUCACCUUUACCCAGAACAGUUGCAUGUCCGAUUUGGGUAAAUUGGACAUCAGCAGCCUAACAUCAAACACAACGACGACGUCGUCGAACAAGGAGGACAGUAUAGAUGGAUUUGAUCGGUCAUUCUAUAAUACCCUCAAACAGGAAUUACUUAACGAAAAGAAUCUCUCUCCCGAAUGUACACGCCAAAUUCUCAACGAAUUGAAAAUAUUUACCAAAAAGAAACAAGAAUUAGAUAGUAAUAGCACUAACUCCUCAGGUGAUAAAGAGAUGGACAGCGGUGUGUCCAAGGCACGGCUGCAAGAGCUGGAUAAGGAGCUAAACGAAUUGAAACGCGAAAAAUUGGAAAUCAUCAAGGAAUACAAUGAUGCCUUGGAUCGAAUAAAACAACAGGAUGCCGAACUUAAAGAUGCAAUAAGCCAAAGAAAUCUGGCCAUGAUGGAAUAUUCAGAGGUCACGGAUAAGUUAUCGGAAUUGCGGAGUCAAAAACAGAAGUUAUCACGGCAGGUGCGUGACAAAGAAGAAGAACUGGAAACAGUAAUGAAAAAAAUCGAUCAAUUGCGCCAGGAUUUGAGAAAAUCCGAUAAAAGUCGCCGUGAAUUGGAAAUGCGCAUGGAAGAUGCCCUCACCGACAUUGCCACGGAAAAGAAACAACGCGAACGCACAGAAGAAUUUUGUCGCCAACUGCAGGAGGAAUUGAACAAAAAGAAAAAUUCCGAUGCCUCCUCGGCGUAUUCAUCAUCGGCCAGUAGUGUUGCAGCUAACAAUUUCAAUUCGGAUGCAACACGUUACGAAAUUGAACGUAUUGAAAUUCAAUGUACCGAAAAGUUAAAUCAACAACAGGCACGAUAUAAUCUCGAAAUAUCGGCAUUGCGCGAACAGCUGAAAGAGGCGGAAAAAUAUCAAGAGACACUGCUCAACGAACUGCAGCAGUCACGUGAAAAAUACGAAAAUAGUAAAAUGGAAACGCUGAGCGAUACAACCGAUACGAUUAGUGAGCUGAAGGAGGAUUAUGACAAGGAUCGUAAUAUGUGGAUAGAGGAAAAACAACGGCUGCUCAUGGAAAUGGAAAUACAAAAUCAAAAGAGUUUACAAAUGCAGGCUAAGCACAGUGAAUAUGAGGAUAAUAUUGAGGAACUGAAAUCGAAACGUCAAGCCAUUUGCCAAUGGGAAAAACAAAUGUCGGAAAUUAUCCAAUGGGUAUCGGAUGAAAAGGAUGCCCGCAGUUAUCUACAAGCCUUGGCCACAAAAAUGACCGAAGAAUUGGAAUAUCUAAAACAUUCUGGACCAUUCUAUAAAAAGAACAACGAUAAUAAUAAAAAUUGGCGUAAUCGUCGAUCCCAAAAAUUGGAUAAAAUGGAAUUGCUUAAUUUGCAGUCCUCUUUGCAAUCUGAGAUACAAGCAAAGGCAGCUAUAUCUGAUGAAUUGAGUAAAACUCGUGCUGAACUAAUGGCCACACAAAAAGAUUUGAAUGAUUAUCGCAAACGUUGUGAAUCGGCCAUGUAUGAGUUACAUUUUAAGGAAAAUCAAUUAAGAGAACUGCAGAAAGGUUUGGAGUCUUCCAAGGGAUUUCUGGAAAGAUCCAAUUCACAGGUAUCAUAUAAUUAUUUCAAUAAAGAAGCGGCAGCUAUGUUCAAGGAAUCAGAUCCCAAUAUAUGUGGCCUAUCAAUGGGUGAUACUGUGAUGAACUCCUCCUCGAACAUAUUCUUUUCGGAUGAUUCAGCGGCAGCGGCCGGCUCAUCAACAGCAGCCGCCUCAGCCUCCGAUCAACGUCAAAGUGGCGGUCAAAUGGCCUAUGGCGGCAGCUAUCCCAUGAACUUGUCACCCGAACACAAUCUAUCCUAUGGCGGACCAGAUGAGGGUAACAAAAUGCUUAUACGAAAUGCCAGUUCCAAAAGUAAUUUGAGUUGUAAAUCAACAGACACCCAUCAUCUUCAGCAGCAGCAAUCGCAGCAACAAACCCCAAGCAUGCAUAAACAAAAAAUCCAUCAAUUUCUGGUUCGUACCUUUAGCAGUCCUACCAAAUGUAAUCACUGCACAUCCCUAAUGGUUGGUCUCACCCGCCAAGGGGUGGUGUGUGAGAUUUGCGGUUUUGCCUGCCACACAAAUUGUUGUCAAAAGGUUCCUACUAUAUGUCCAGUACCAAAUGAUCAAACCAAACGGCCACUGGGUAUCGAUCCAACACGUGGCAUUGGCACAGCCUAUGAGGGUUAUGUUAAGGUGCCCAAACAGGGUGUUGUCAAACGCGGUUGGGUGCGACAAUUUGUGGUGGUGUGUGACUUUAAGCUGUUCUUGUAUGACAUAUCGGCGGAUCGCAGUGCCCUGCCAUGUGUUAAUGUGUCGCAGGUAUUGGAUAUGAGAGACACGGAGUUUGCCGUGACCAGCGUGAGGGAAAGUGAUGUCAUUCAUGCAGCCAAAAAAGAUGUGCCAUGUAUUUUCAAGAUAAAAACCUCUCUCAUUGAAGGUGGUCCAUGCCUAAACACCCUUAUGCUGGCCGAUAAUGAAUCGGAAAAAACCAAAUGGGUUGUGGCCCUAAGUGAACUGCAUCGCAUCUUGAAGCGUAACAAUUUACCCAAUACCGCCAUCUAUAAGGUCAAUGAAAUUCUCGAUAGUUCUUUGGCGCUGAUGCGUAAUGCUCUCAGCGCCCUAAUUGUCUACCCCGAUCAAUUGUUACUCGGCACCGAUGAUGGCCUUUAUUGUAUUAAUUUCGAACAAUAUGAAAUCGCACGUAUUGGUGAUAGUAAAAAAAUCUUACAAAUCUGGUAUAUCGAAGAGGAACAUAUAUUGGUAUUGUUGUGCGGUAAACAGCGACACAUACGUCUAUUGCCGAUACGUGCGCUCGAGUGUAGCGAUGUCGAAUGGAUAAAGGUGGUCGAUUCGAAAAAUUGUGUUGCCGCAUGUACGGGUAUUAUAAAACGUAUACCGGCGGUGGUAUAUUGUUUUGUGGUGGCCCUAAAGCGACCCACAAAUCAGACACAGAUCAUAGUCUACGAGAUUAAUCGUAAUCGCCUGCGUCAUCAGAAAAUGUGUGAAUUUACCGUGGCCUAUACGGUACAGUGUGUUCAAAUAUUGUCGGAUAUGCGUUUGGUGAUUGGUCAUCAAAGUGGUUUUACGGCAUAUUUGCUGCAGGGAGAAGCAACAGCAAUGUCUCUAAUACAUCCUGAAAAUCAGUUGUGUGCCUUUCUCAAUUAUUCUGGUGUGGAUGCAAUACGUGUCAUUGAAAUUCAAUGUGCCGGUGGUGGUUACGGUGAAUAUUUGCUGGUGUUUCAAACACUGGCCAUAUAUGUUGAUUUACAGGGACGUAAAUCACGAGAUCGUGAAAUUAUGUAUCCAGCCCUGCCAACGCAUAUAACAUAUUCCGAUGGCCAUUUAUUGGUAUUUUCCGAAACCCAUUUAGAUAUAUUCAAUACCCAAACAGCUGAAUGGGUACAGUCGUUGGGUUUGAAACGUUCUUCGCCUCUCAGUCAACAGGGUAAUAUUGUGUUGACUCACAUAAAUGAUACACCCUAUGUGGUAUAUUUGGCUAAUAUACACACAAAGGGUCUCUUCCAGUCAAAGAAUCUCAAACGGAUUAGUGGUGUCAAUACCAAGCGUCGAUUUUCCAUGAGAGAAAUCAAUAAAACUAUUAAAAAUACGGACAGAAGAUCAAAAAUGAUUUCAGCGCCCACCAACUUUAAUCAUAUAUCGCACAUGGGUCCCGGCGAUGGUAUACAAAAUCAACGCCUAUUAGAUCUGCCAACCUCCAUUGAGAGUCCUAAUGAAUCUCGUAGUCAAUUGUUAAGUAUGAUACAACCGGAUAUGGCAUCCUUGAAACAAUUCCGCCAAUUAAAAAUAGGUCACAAUAAUGGAGUAAUGCAGAAAAGCACAAUGCAUGACCAGCAAUCGGAACUAAAUUAUUCAGAAUCUCGUUCACCCAGUCCAUUUGGCAAUGAAUCAUCUUCAUUUAAAGACAUGUUCGAUGAUGAAUUAUCAUUCAGUGCUCAACUUAUGAACGAGGGAAAUCAACAGUGACAUUCAUUACGAUCAAUAUUGUCCAUAUUUUCGGAGCAGCAUACCUAAAAAACAAGAAC